UCUUUCUUAUUCAUAGGAAAAGCAGUGAGCAGAAGAAAAAACAAGAGCUCUUAAAAAUGUUUGAAAGCGGAAAGCUGCUUCUCGCUACGAUCAUUUUCACAGCUCUCUACACCACUGUGACCAUGGGAGCAGUGAAACUGCUGGAGACAGCUCCGGGUACAGAGGUUGAAGUGCAAACAGGAUGCCGUGAGCAAGCCAUGGAGAAGUUGGUUCAUUCUGGGCUGUUAGAACAAGAGCUCAACAAGAGUGAGGGAUUCCAGAAAGCAUGGCAGAAAGGCCUUAAGUGUUCAGCAAUGAUUAAAGGAGGAACCAAGAACCACACUGCUGCACUUUCAGCCUUCCACAAUGCAGAUAGCGUUUUCAAAGAGAUGUUAAACAAUGAAGUGGAGGCGAUGGGGGUUAAUGUUUCCCUCUAUGAAGACCAUUUUCAUUACAAGUCGCUUUAUUUCCUGCUCAUGGACUCGUUUACGCUGCUGAAGCCAAAGGAAUGUAAGCGUGCAUUUCUCCUCCAAGAUAAACUCGAGUUACCAAAAGUGGGCUCGACAGUGAGAUUUCCAAGUUUCGUCACAGCUGAUGUAGACCACAAAAACCUGGAAGAACCUAGUGAUGGAGGCUUCAUCCUAGACAUCACCUCUUGCUUCUAUGCCAGCUUGGGGAAAAACAUUUGUGAGGACAACAUUGGUGAAGUGCUUUUAUCUCCCAGUGAAUAUUUCACUGUGGAGAACAUAACUAUAAAUAAGGAUGAAGACUAUAAGUACACCGAAGUUACUUUGAAACACUCCUCUUUGAACAGCAACCACGACUGUUUCAUGUUUUCAAGGUCUGCAGCUGUCCUCUCCACCCAGGCUCUUCCUCCUCUGCUCAUGGUGUCAUGGCUUUUUUCAAUAUCUCUUUAACAAAAACAGCUGCAGUGUCAGACUUCCCUGAGUGUUUCUACAAUAGACAAAAACACAGUUUGAUUGCUCUGGAUUCAGCUGAGUUACAUAUAAAUAUAUAUGUCUAUCUAUUUGUCUAUCUAUCUGUCCAUCCAUCCAUCCACCCAUCCAUUCAUUCAUCCAUCCAUCCAUCCAUCCAUCCAUCCAUCCAUCCAUCCAUCCAUCCAUCCAUCCAUCCAUCCAUCCAUCCAUCCAUCCAUCCAUCCAUCCAUCCAUCCAUCCAUCCAUCCAUCCAUCCCCAGCAGCAAACAUUCUCUAAUGUUCUAUGCAGUAUAGUAUAUAACUAUAAUACCAUAUUCUUCUUGCGUUUUUGUUUCAAACUAUCAAUUAACAUUCAAUAUCUAACAAGGAUUCAAGCUAAUAAAGGUGUUACAGGGAUUAAACUGAUUUCAUUUGAUAGAAUGCUGAUUAAAAGAUCAGUGGGAGGCGGGUGGGGUCUUAUGUGCAGCUCUGAGUUUGUUUGGUUUUAUCUUUCUCUGAGCGUUGCUCAGUUUAACCGUGGGGUAAAUUUGCUUUGUCCACUUCUGUCAGCUAUCUUGAAUGUUUUCCACUUGUGAAUAAUCCCUCUCAACACAUAACAUUAACUGCAAACUAUUUGUAAAUAAUAAGCCUUCCCAGCUGGAUGUGCAGCAACAAUUACAGCUGUAAGACCAUUGCUUUUGUCUUUUCCUUGUUGCAUCGGGUUAACAAACACCUGAAGGCUUCAAACCAGCAAAUUGCCAAAACGUCUGCUUUAAUGCUGGUCCGCUACCUGUGGAUGAUCGUUUCACCAAGGGCUGAUGAUCAGCAGUACCUGGUUUUUACCUCUUAAAUUGUAUGGAAGCUGUAAGGGGGUACUUAGCAUUGGCCACAUGAUUUUUUUUGUUUUUUUGUUUCAUUUUCAACAACAGCAGGGUGAAAAAGGUUGUUCUGCUGUUUUGUUUGAGACUGUAUUGGCUUAAUGUUAAGACCUACUAUGUAUAGUUGAUAUGAGUUUACACACACGCACGCACACACACAUGCACGCACUAGAUUCAAAAAGAGUGUAUUCAAUUCUGCAUACAAAUAUGUGACAAAUAAACUUCAGCCCUGUGGGGUUUUAAGGUGUUGCUCAUUGUGCAAGUUACUGCAUGCAAGUUACCACAUGGUUUGGAAUUUGAAUUGGAAUUAAUGAUCCGACUCAGUAACACAUUUUAUUUUCAACAAUCACUUCUUUAUUGUUAGUCUUCAAAAAACCAGCAAGACCUCUAAGAUAUGUUAGUACAUAACGUAACACAUUACAUUUCUGAUGCUUUACAGUGAUAGCUGGAAUCUGAUUUAGUGCUUCUUAUCAUGCAACUGAAAUAAACAUCGAACAUCACACACACACACACACACACACACACACACACACACACACACACACACACACACACACACACACACACACACACACACACACACACACACACACACACAGACGUUAUGAGCUGGCCAGGAUGUCUAUGUGCAUUUGAAUCUGCACCAAAUCAUAACAGGUACAGUUACAAGUAGUAACCAAGUAAACAGAAUAAUCCACUAUACUGCAAUAACUGGCAUAGUCAGAAAAGCUGAUGUUUUAAAGAUGCAUCCUCCAACUAACAAGAUUUACAUCAGAGAGCACUUCUGAAUGAGAAACUGUCAUUAAAAACAGGUAGUAGUCAACUCACAUCCUUUUGAAAUCAGAAACAAUAUAAUACUUGUAAGAGCAUUAAUAUUGAAGGAAUAACAUUCAAGCUACUUUAGUGAGAAGUGAGAGUGUCCUAUGUGCACUAUAUCUAUCAUAAGCACAUUAGAGCACAUGAUUAAAUAAUAAAAAUCAAAAAGCAAUUUUAAAUAUUUGGUCUCCAUUACUGUAAAAAUUAUUCUUAUUUUCUGUGGCAACAUCUAGUCUGCGCUGCUAGCGAUCCCAAUUACUGAAUAAGUCUGGUUCCUCUGAGUGUGUUUUGUGCAUUUGUGCUCUCAAGUACCUUCAUAGAGAUGGACAUCUAACGUAAAUAAAUGAGUAAAUACAAAAAAUGAAAAAUAGACACAAAUAUCUUCCCAGAGAUAGAAAUAUUAAAUUCCUACACAUAUUUAAAGUACUUUGGCUCAAAUCCUGAACACAAAUGUUCAUCUUAACCAUCCCAAAUGUCAAAAUGACAUUUCACAUAACUCAUUGUGAUCAGAAUAUUGGAUAAAUAUCAACCAACCACAUGGACAUUUUUACCCCUGCCUGGAAUAACAUUUUGCAAACUUAAAACUAGUAUUUAAUGUUUUGUUUUUGUUUACACAAAUAA